CCCGAGCCCCGCCCGCUCCCGCCUCGCCUCCGCCAUUUUGUGGCCGAGCACUGCCCGCCGAGGACCGGCGCCGCGGCGGAGCUUUCCGCCUUCCCCCCGCCCUCUCGCGCUCCCACUCUAGCGGCGCCUCGGCCCGGCCCGGCCCGCGCAGCCAUGUCCUCCAGCGCCAGCCCCGAGUACGCCUCCUUCUUCGCCGUGAUGGGCGCUUCGGCCGCCAUGGUCUUCAGCGCCUUGGGAGCUGCAUAUGGAACAGCAAAGAGUGGCACAGGUAUUGCAGCCAUGUCUGUCAUGAGGCCUGAGCUGAUCAUGAAGUCCAUCAUCCCUGUGGUCAUGGCGGGUAUUAUAGCAAUCUAUGGCCUCGUAGUGGCAGUGCUCAUUGCCAAUGCCCUCUCACCUGAGAUCACGCUAUUCAAGAGCUUCCUUCAGCUGGGUGCUGGCUUGAGCGUGGGUCUCAGCGGUCUGGCUGCUGGCUUUGCCAUCGGCAUCGUGGGCGAUGCAGGUGUCCGGGGCACAGCACAGCAGCCCAGGUUAUUUGUGGGGAUGAUCCUCAUUUUGAUCUUCGCUGAAGUCUUGGGUCUCUAUGGCCUCAUUGUUGCCCUUAUCCUCUCCACGAAGUAAAUGUUGCGGUAUGAUGUAAAGAGAUGUAACAAAUCUACGUUUAACAAAAAAAAAAAAGCUCCAGAAUGAAAAUGGUUUCUCCAAUGUGUACAGUUGUCCCAAUUUGGUAGUUGAUCUCUUGUAAAUGCGCAAUAUAUGUUAGUGACUCGUCUGUCCUGUGUGUACUUCAAUAUUAACUUGGAUGGGCUGCUCCAAGCCUGCUGCAUGGCUUGGGGUGGCCUGUGUGCAAUUUCCACCCAUUGCUGUUAGUAUUUUAUGUAUAAAUAUGAACUAGAAAUGUAAUUUUUUCUCUUCACUGGAUGUUUAUUUAUAAAAGACUUGACAUGUUCAUACAUCUAUGGAGCAAGGAUUUUCAAUUUCCCAUGCUAUAUAUAUUAAUCUUAUAUAUAGGUAGAUUACACUGUGGGGUCAAUUGUAAGUGCAGAGAAUUCCUUGGAUGUAAUUUUGAUUCUAAAGAUUGCUGUAGUGUCCUGGUAUUGGAGUAUGAGAAUUUUGUGUUUUAUUACAGCAAUUGUCCGAAACACUCCCGUGUUUCAGUAGUAACCGCGUAUGCUCCGGCAUCAGUCGUGCACCCAGUGUUGGGUUACAAACUUCUACCAUGUUUCCAAAUAAAACUUCCUCACUACA